GGAAUUGCACACGGUCAAUUCUUAGUCAAGAGAGAUGGAACAACUGAAUCCACACAGCAUUUUAGUGACCGGCUCCAAUCGGGGACUUGGCUUGGAGCUGGUCAGGCAGCUGGCAAAAAAGAGCAACCCCCCAAAAUGGAUCUUCGCCACUUGCCGGGACCCAGCUGGACCCCGUGCUCAGGACCUGAAGAAUUUGGCUGCCGAACACCCACAAAUUGUCAUCAUGGCAUUGGACACAACUGACCCAUGCAGCGUUAAGGCUGCUGCAGCCAAAGUCACAGAACAUCUCAAAGGGGCUGGACUGAACCUGCUGAUUAACAAUGCAGGGAUUUUAAAGCUGAGCACCGUAGAGACAGAAACGGCAGAAAACAUGUCGGAGGUAUACAAAACCAACGUCAUUGGGCCCAUGAUCGUAAGUCAGGCGUUCCUCCCCUUGAUGAGAAAAGCAUCCCAAAACAGUCCCGGGAAAGGCAUGAGUUGCAGCAAAGCAGCCAUCCUCAACAUGACGAGCGAGUGUGGCUCCAUAACAAACCUCUUUGGCUGGAAUAUGAAUGAGUUGAUCUCCUAUCGUUGCAGCAAGUCUGCUCUGAACAUGCUCACUCGAUGCCAGUCCAUGCACUUUGCCAAAGAGGAGAUUCUGUGCAUCACGUUGCACCCUGGGUGGGUGCAGACUGACAUGGGAAACGAACUGGGAUCACCCCCACUGACAAUGGAGCAGAGUUUGCAAGCUAUUCUGAACACCCUCGGCCGUCUCUCUGAGAAAGAUCAUGGGACAUUUGUUAACUGGGAAGGGAAUCUUAUUCCCUGGUGAGACAACCAGGAAUCUGCUUCUCUGCACUGCAGGAAAACGGUCUCAUCGAAGGCUAAACAACUGUCCGUCUUCAGUGCACACUAUAUCCCAAGUCUGCGGCAUGUGCUCCAACUCUCCCUUUCUUUUGUUACGCUGUCUGGUGCCCAGUCAGGGUAUUUCACACCCCGUUUGAUCUGAUCUGAACGGAUCUGUUCGGAAACCUCUAGGCACCUCUGGCAAAAGUCUGCAAAAGCAUCCACUUCUGUCUUGCAAGCUGAAGAUAAUUAUUUUCCAGACCUCUGGAAUCUAAACCACACUGAUGCAAAAUUCCUGACUUGAUUGCAAUUGGGAAUAAUAUUCCGGGAAAGAGUACAAAUGCCGGAGUGCAGUCUUAGGGCAGAGAGUUGGCUGGAGUGAGCUAGUGGGGCUACAACCUCAAGAUGGUUUCUAAUUUGACAGCAUUUUUGCUGCCAUGCUGACCUGCUCUUUUGACGCAAAAGCUACAGUCUGUUCAAAAAACUGUAUAAAAAGACAGCCAUUUCUGUAUCAAUUUUCAAUGCAAUAUAAUAAACCUUUAAUGCAGACAUA